AAAAUCACAACCUUUCAUUGCUCUAUCUCUCUCUCAAAAAAAAAAAUGAAACUUCAACUCCAUUUUCAACACUGUAAUCUUCCAUUACUCAUUCAACUCAAGCACAAAUCACCCAUUAAAAAUUCAAGAUUCCCAUAUGGGAAAAGAGAAAUUUACCAGGUAGCUUCAGAAAAAAGAAGCAUAGUGAAACCACUAGCUCUAGAAAUUUUGCCCAAAUCCAAGAAAUUAUCAGGAAGUGAAAUUUCUAAGGAAAGAUCAAAUCUUUUGGUAUUGGGAGCUGUUUCUGUUGGUGUAGUGUUGUUUUUAAUGGGUUUUGAUGAUAAAAAUCAGGCAUUAGCUUUGGGUCCUGAAGGUCCAUUAAUGGAGGAAUUUUGGGAAAAUAUGAGAAGAUAUGGUCUUUAUGCAUUGACAGUUAGUACUGGAGUUCUUUGGGCUGUUUUUCAGCCUAUUUAUGAACUUUUGAAGAACCCCAUUUCUGCAAUUUUGAUUUUGACUAUAAUGGGAGGCAGUUUUUAUAUUGUUUCUCAAGUGGUGUCUGCUAUGGUUGGUGUUACUGAUUUUAGUUAUGAUUAUAACUAUUAGAUUUCAAUUUUGUUAAUACAUAAAGUGGACACAGUUACCUGGUAUGGUGGGAGAUGGCAUCUAUCGUAUGGAACUAGUUAAGUUGCGCGAAAGCUGGCCAAGAGGGAUUUUCCUUGUAUGUUUAUGCUUGAAUUCAAUUAGUAAUAUAAUUUGCCUUCAACUUA